GGAAUGGAUUUCUCUAAGAAAUAGAUGCUGGAAGAUUGCAGCAGAAAGAAGUCAUGUGUUCAAGUAUUCCUUUUCUGGAUGGCUUCUGUGUGUUGGCUUUGGCCUGAAAGGAGGCUGAAGUACUUACUUCUGUGGAACAAUUGAUAUUUAACAAAGAGAAUUAAUGUAUGGAAGAUCCACUUAUUCUGCCUCCCUGUAACAUUUGCUGUUGCAAAUACUUUUGUUAUGCAGCCUAAAAUCAUCAUGCAAAGGCUUUUCCUAAGGAAGGAACAUAAACACUCAAGAUGGGAAGUAAUAGCAUAAACAAUAUGAGAGUAAACUAUACUUAUAUACAGGUGUUGUUUCUGUACUCCCUCUUUGCAACCACCUAUAUCUUUUGGCAGAAGCCAUAAUUCCACAGUUUUCCUUGCUGAAGAUACCGAGAUAUUCAAGAUGGGCAGCAAUAGUACCAGCACUGCUGAGAGUAAUUGCAAUGUCACUUAUUUGACAUUUCAGUACUCUUUGUAUGCGACCACCUACAUCUUCAUAUUCAUCCCGGGUCUCCUGGCUAACAGUGCAGCCCUGUGGGUUCUGUGCCGCUUCAUCAGCAAGAAGAACAAGGCCAUCAUCUUCAUGAUCAACCUCUCAGUGGCAGACCUUGCUCAUGUCCUGUCCUUACCUCUUCGGAUUUACUAUUAUAUCAAUCGUCACUGGCCGUUCCAGAGAGCCCUUUGCCUGCUGUGCUUCUAUCUGAAGUAUCUCAACAUGUAUGCUAGUAUUUUUUUCUUGACCUGCAUUAGCCUUCAGAGGUGCCUCUUUCUCCUCAAGCCAUUCAGAGCCAGAAACUGGAAGCGUAGGUACGAUGUAGGAAUCAGUGCUGCUGUCUGGAUCAUUGUGGGGACUGCCUGUUUGCCACUUCCCAUCCUGAGAAGUGCUGGCUUAGCCAAUAACAGUGAAUCCUGCUUUGCUGAUUUAGGGCUUCACGACAUUAGUAUGGCUUCGUCCAUUGGUAUGGUAACUGCCGCUGAACUUGGAGGAUUUGUAUUGCCUGUUGUAAUAAUUACAUAUUGCACAUGGAAAACGAGAAAAUCUUUACAGGAAUUCCAAGAUCCACCUCAGAAUAUUAAGGAGAGGAAAAAGGCUUUGAGAAUGGUUCUAAUGUGUGCAGUGGUAUUCAUAGUCUGUUUCACUCCUUACCAUCUCAACUUCCCGUUCUUUAUGAUGGUAAAGCAACGUGUUUUCUCAAACUGUUCCUUUAUUAAGAGCACUCUGUGUUUCCAUAUCAUUUCCUUGUGUCUUGCAAAUCUGAAUUGUUGUCUUGAUCCAGUUGUGUAUUAUUUUAUGACUUCAGAAUUUCGUGAUCAAUUUUCAGAACAUGGGAGUUUGGUCAUCCAGUCAUGUUUGCGUUGUAAGGACAAUACUUUAGAAAUUCGUCAGAGGAAGGAGAAUCUUCAGACUAUCUCACUGGAAUGUUUGGAUGCUCCAACACAAUGUGAUGAAAUGGUUAUCUAAAAUAAUCUUUAUACUCUGUCACUUGAGCCAUUUCAAAGUGAUACUGGGUAUCAUGAAGAAACUCAGGCACUUCAUUCAAAAUAAUCUGUCUACAGGAGUUCUCUAUGCCAAGAUUAUUAGUGGACUAUGUGAGAAAAAAACUGUCUUCACACAAUAUAAUAAUCAAGAGAAAUAACCACAUACCUGUUCCUCAGUAGUGGGGCCAAUAGUCUCAUCUUUAACUGAGAAAAACAAAAUAUAUUAAAAUCUAGCAGACAUGUACAAGUUAUCCCAACCUUAAAAAGUCUACAUUAGAAUAUGUCCCUAUCUUUAUUUAGAAAACAUACACUACUUCAGCCAAUUGUGUUACAGAGAGAUGGCUUUUCAUAUUGAUAUGAAUUAUGGAAAUUAGCAACAGUAUAACUUAAAAUAUCUAUAAGAUUAUCUUUUCCCUCACUUUGAAGAAAAAAAAUUAAUUCCAAUGAACCUUUCAAAAUUACCUUAAGCCACAGACAAUGCAAACAUCUGAAGUAGAAUUGUGCUCUGCAUAUUUAAAAAUGAUGUUAAAGGCUUAAAACAAAAACUCUGAAUGGCUAUGAGUUUGUGACAUGAUAUGUAUUUUUGUUUACUGUCACUAAUUGGGAAAUAUUCUCAUAUAUCUUUAUUAAGAUCAACCUGUCUAGGUGUAUUGUUUCCUAUGUAACUUCACUCAAUACAUUUAAAUCAACAGAUUAAUGAAGACUUACACAACUCGUACAGUUUUUAUUUUGGUAAGGUUUAGUGAGCCUAAUUAUUUUUUAAGUAGAAUAGACCAAUGAACUGAAUCAAAUUUUAUGAUUAAUGCAGAACAAUUAUUGCCACUUAAAAAGACCCCUAGCUCAAUUAUUACUAAUAUAAAUCAUCCACACUGGAAAAUUUAAAUCUUACCAUUUUCAAAUAUUGGAUGUCAUUAAAAUGAAAUUUUAUAAAGCAAUGGUUAGUUUUAUAAAUUACUGUUUUUGUCUUGUCUCUACUUUUUUGGUGUCUACUUUUUCAAGUAGCCUUUAGUUUUUAUUAUAUUUUUGAGUUAGCAUAUAAAGAAAUGAAUUUCAUGAUAUUUUCAUAUGCAUAUAUCACCAUACUUGGUUCUUAUUUACUUCCCACAGCCUUCCCUUGGCUACCCUCCAAUUCCUGCUGUUGCCUUCCUUCUAAAUUCUCUGUUUUGCACUCUUGAUACAAAUGUUUAUUACGUCUUGUAUUUUAUUACCUCCAUUAUCAUACUUUGUAUGCAUCCUGUUUACAUCUCUCCUUCUCCUCUCUACUUUUAUGUUUUGAAUGUAUUUCAUAUAUUAUAAAUAUAUAAAUAAAAUGUGAUGUUUGUCUGACUUAUUUUGCUUUAACACACUGAUCUUCAGUUCCAAAAAUGUUGUAAUUUAAUUCUUCUUUACAGAUAAAUAAAGUUCCAUUGUUUAUACUUA